AUGGCCGAGCCAUCGCCCAAGGCCACGCCCAAGCGGAAGCGCGGCCAGGACCUGCCCAUCACGCCCAUCAAGUUCUCCUUCGACCCGUCCACGACGCAGCCGGCAGAGGACGGCGGCAGCAGCCCGGCCUCGCGGGUCGCCCACAGAUUCCGCGGCCUAGCGCUCGGGGGCGCUGGUGGUGGGGGCGGGGUCGACGACGCCGCCCGCGACAGCCACCGCGACGGAGACGACAGCGAUGACGAUGUCGCCAUGACGGCGAACAAGCGCCCGCGGCCCGACGAGGACAUGUCAGACGUCGCCGAGGCGCCAGCGCCGUCCGGCGAGCCAUCUACACCCCGGAAUGCCGAAGCCGCCAAUUCAAACCCCGAACCGCCUGCGACAGAGGCGUCGCCGCCCCGACCCGACGUCGCCAUUGCGUCCACCGAGACCCCUGGCCGUCCUGUGCAGCUGCCCGUCGUCGAGGAUCACCCCAAGGCCCCGGGCAGACGCCGUGCCGGCACCCCUCCGCUCCGGCUGAAGAAAUCGCCGUCCGCCAGAGACAAGGCCAAGGGCAGCGCCUCCACCGACGAGCCAUCCGUCACGGAUCCGGUGCGCGCCGCCCUGACGUGGCACGAGGACGAAAUCACAAUCUACGACCCAGACGAUGAGGACGACGACGGCACCGGUAUCAACGGCGUCGGGUUCAAGCCUACACCGGCCCUGGCGCAGGUCCGCGCCAUGAAGCGCCGCCAACAGAUGGCCGAGUACCGGAGGCGCGAGGAGAGCGAGGCCCGCGCCCGGCGGAGCCAACGACGACGAGGAGGAACACCAACGCCAUCCGGUGGCGGAGUGGUGAAAAAGAAGUCGCCGACGCGACGGGUCCGGUUCAUCGAUAUCGAGAGCCAAAAGAUCGCCGUGACGACGAUUUGA